UUCGCUCAUUUUCCCGAUUAUUCUAUCCAUUUCCAAUGGGCAUUUCUGUUCUAUAAAAUCCGCCAUCGUUUCUCCCCAAAACCUCUCCUCUCCAUUUCCUCUCUUUAAGCUCUCUUUCAAUCUCUCUGUCUCUCUGUUUUUCAUCCUUUUCUCUGCUUUUCCCAGAUUUUCUCUAGAAAAUUUGCAGGGCUGUUUUAAUGCUUCGAUUCUUUUCCUUUCAUUCUUCGUAUUCAUGUCUCCUGUAGUCAGUGAGAUCCUUCUCUCUGGUUUCAUCAUCAACUCCGCUCUUCGCCGCCGCACUCAUCUAGUUCAAUCUUUCUCUGUCGUCUUCCUCUACUGGUUCUAUAAUUUCUCAUGAACUAGCUCCCAAUUUCCAAUUGCAAUUCUCCAAAAUUUUCCAAUAAUCGCUAAAAUUACCAACUGGGUUCUUUAAUUUGUGCCAUUUCCAGCAAAACCCAUAUCGAUUUUCAUCUCGUUUUCCCACACAAACACACGGAAGAAGAAACUCCUCUGUUUUCCUCUGUUUUAGACACGGCCUGUUUCAAUGGCAUCGCCUGUUGGAAGUUCAUCUGGAUCUCCGAGCUCCGACGAAGAUCUGCGGCAAAUCGUGGAUCAGAGGAAGAGGAAGAGAAUGAUAUCGAAUCGAGAAUCGGCUCGCCGAUCUAGGAUGCGAAAACAGAAGCAACUCGAUGAUCUGACGUCUCAGGUGGGCCAAAUCAGAACAGAGAAUGAGCAAAUCGCCGUCAAUAUCAAUUUCACCACCCAACUUUAUGUGAACCUGGAGGCGGAGAACUCUGUUCUCCGGGCCCAGAUGGUGGAGCUCCGCCACAGAUUGGAUUCGCUUAAUGAAAUCAUAAGCUUCAUGAACUCAAGUACUAGAAAUCUGUUUGAUUCUGAGGACCACCAUGAAGUUUCUGGCAUCGAUGGGUUUGUUGACUCAUGGGGAUUCCCAUUUCUCAACCAGCCAAUCAUGGCGGCUGGUGAUUUGUUUAUGUGUUGAGGGAAAAGGAAAAGCCAACCAAGACAGGGUGGCUUUCUUUCAUCAUUGUUAUUGGUACUUUGGUGUUGUUUAAUGUGGAUAUGUUCUUACUUUCAAAUGUAAUCAAUGUACCUUUAAUGAUAAUUAUAUAUAUUAAAAAACCCCUUUUCUUGGUGUACAAA